GAACCAGCAGAGCAGUGUAUGUGCCUGUGGAGCUGCGAAUGGCAGCAGGCGAGACUGCGUCCAUGGACAAACAUCGAAACUACUAGGGAAGUGAUUGAAUAGACUUAUCUACAGUCAUUUAACUACCGUAAUCCAUAUAUCUAUACUUGGAGUGGAAACGUUCACGGGGUGUAUUUCUUGCAGUGCGUAAAAGUGACCUUCGAAUCUCUCAGAAAAGAAGCACGUCUCAAGAAAGCGACAAUAAUGUCAGGCACCUUCAGUCCCAAGAUGACGAAAACCCUGGAAGAUCUGAGUCUGGACUCGGGCUACGGAGCUGGGGACUCCUGCAAGUCCCUCAGUCUCUCCUCGUCCAGGUCCCGGCACUCCCACACCCACCCACACCGGGGGACCUGGUGGAACCAGAUCAGCUCUCUGAGCAGUAGGAACGCCAGCUGGGACACAGUCAACACGGUGCUGCCUGAGGAUCCAGAGGACAUACUCUCCAAGUGUCCUCGUCUGCCGACGCUGGAAGAGGUCCCCUGGACCGACCAGGACAUUGCUGAAGUCCUGCGUAAAGUAGCAGGUGAGGAGAUGGCUUUCUCCGGUGACGCAGUCAGCCGUCUCUCGCUGCUCUUGCAGAGGGCUCUGGUUCGGAUCUCCCGGGAGGCUCAGAGACUGAGUGAGCUGCACCGGCGAUGCACGCGCUUCGAGGUGCAGAGCGCCAUUCGGCUGGUGCUGAGCUGGGGGCUGGCUGAGCGGUGCGUGGCUGGCACGGUGAGGGCCAUUUCUCUGUACAGCAUGAGCUCGGGCGAGACACUGCGUCAACGGGGCAAGUCCUCGCGCUGCGGGCUCAGCCUCCCGGUGGGACGGUUCUACAGGUGGAUGGUGGAUACGCGUGUGUCAGUGCGCGUGCAUGAGCACGCAGCCAUUUGCCUGGCCGCGUGCGUGGAGAGCCUUGUGGAGGAAGUGGUCGUGCGGGUGUUGAUGAUGGCAGAGGAGCUGGAGAGAGAGCGCAGGGGCACCUGUUGCCUGGUAAAUAUUGAGGUCCUGGACGGGGUCGUCAAUGACGACGCGGAGCUGUGGGGAGUGAUGCAGAACUACGAGCAUCUGAUAUGCGGGAAAAAUGCCAAUGGUGAGCUAUCCCUGCCAGCCCAUGUCAGUCCAUACACAAAGGAUUCCCGGGCACCAAUGGAGAGCAGGGAGGAUGCCUACGCCCACCUGGAGCUACGUACCUUGGAACAGUCCCUUCUGGCCACAUGCGUGGGCAGCAUCACAGAACUCAGUGACCUGGUGUCACGGUCCAUGCACCACAUACAGCGCCUACGCACAGUUAGCCACUCCCUCAGCCCUAUUUGCCCAGCAAGUCAGCAUCCAGUAUUCUGGGCGCCCGAUGCCAUGCGUACCCUCUACUACUUCCUGUCUAGCCCACAGAUGGAAUCCCUGGAGAACCCAAAUCUAGAGCCCCCCAGGAUGGCCCUGAGCAGAGAGAGACUGUUUAUGCUCCUUCCCCCUCUGAUGGAAUGGAUACGGGUUGCCGUGGUGCACGCAGAGCACCGCCGCAGCCUAUUGGUGGACAGCGAUGAUGUCAGACAGACCGCCAGACAGCUCCUCCCAGGACUGGACUGUGAGCCCAGACAGCUGAGGCCUGAGUGUUGUUCCAGCUCAUUUAGGCGUCUGGACUCCAAGGCUGCUACAGAGAAGCUUCAGCUGGAUCUGGGCUUUCGCAUGCUGUCCUGUGGCAGAGCGGACCUGAUUGGUCAGGCCACACAGCUACUGGGACCAUCAGGGGUUAACACUAUGGAUGACCAGGGUAUGACCCCUCUGAUGUACGCAUGUUCGUGUGGAGACGAGGCUCUAGUCCAGAUACUGGUGGAGGCUGGAGCCAACCUGGACCUGGCGGUUCCCUGCUGUUCCCUCAGACAGCCCUCAGUCCACCCAGACAGUCGUGGUUGGGUGGCCCUCACCUUCGCUGUGCUGCAUGGACACCUCUCAGUAUCUCAGCUGCUGUUGGAGGUGGGUGCAGAUGUGGAGGGGACUGCUGUGACUUCCAGCCAGGAGAGUUCUGCUGAGACUCCUCUACAGCUGGCCUCUGCUGCUGGGAACUAUGAAAUGGUGAGCCUGCUGCUGGCCCACGGGGCCGACCCUCUACUCAGAGUGCAUGAUUGGAACGCUCUGACAUCCCCGCUCUACGAGGACAUGAACUGCUUCAGCUACGCCGCUGCACAUGGACACAGGAACAUCCUGAGGAGGCUUCUGACCCAGCCCCAGCAGAGGAAGGAGGACAUUCUCUCUCUGCAGGAGAUACUGGCUGAGGGGUUCCAGGAGGAGGAAGAAGAGGCGAGCUCACUACCUCCACCCAGCCUCAGCCCUAGUAGCCCUGCUGUCUGCCCCAGUAGCUCCAGCCCCAUGCCCAGGCUAUGUAAGGCCAGGAUGAAGGCCCUGCAGCAGGCUGCCUACUACAGCGCUGAGCACGGUUACCUGGAUGUCACCAUGGAGCUACGGUCACUGGGUGUCCCCUGGAAGCUCCAUGUGUGGCUGGAGUCCUUCCACAUAGCCCAACAACAGUCCAGGAAUGAGGUGACCCUCUCUCUCCUCAGAGACUUCACAACUAUCAGGCCACAGGACUACUGCCAGGAGCUGGUCUCGCCCGCUCUACCGCUCUUGUUUAACUUGUUUGCGACCAGCAAGGACUAUGCCAUAACCAAGAGACUGUCAGCCAUCUUCUCUCACUGUUACGGCUCUGCUCCAACUCCCUCUGUUCCUCCGAUGGACCUCACUCUCUCCACACAGCUAGAUGCUCAUUUCCUGAACAACCCAGAGAUGUCUGACAUAAUGUUGUUCGUGGAAGGCCGUCCCUUCUACGCCCACAGGGUUCUCCUCAUGUCUGCCUCCAAGAGGUUUCGGUACCUGCUGAGUUUCUGUGGGUCAGACACCAGCACCAUCCACAUCUCUGACAUCACAUACAGCACCUUCCAGAGGAUGAUGAGCUGUCUGUACUGUGGGGGGACUGAAGGGCUGAGGCUGUCACAGGCUGACGCUAUGGAGCUGCUGCCACUGGUCUGUUUCUUCCAGCUGGAGGCGCUAGAGAGGCAGUGUGAGAGCCUGCUCUCCCAGAGUAUCACCCUGGACAACGCUGUCAGCAUCUACUUGAUGUCUACGGAUCACGGGGCGGCAGAGCUCAGGAGGUUCUGUGAAGGUUUCUUCCUGCAGCACAUGGAACAGCUCCUGGCGAGAGACGACUUCCACAGGCUGCUCCUGGGAGGGGUCCAUCAGGACCAGCUCUCCCCAGGGACAGAGACCCUGAGUGGACCAUGUCAGGAGCAACACUCCUCUCUCCUCCUGGAGGAUCUGGAGGUCACUUUGGUCCACAGGCUGCUCUCGCUGUAUCCUCCCUGCAGAGAGUAAGCCACCGGCUGCGUCUCAGUAGUCAUAGUUGGCUUCUUUGUUCUUCCAUCGUCUCGUUUCCUUCAACUGUACUGAUGUGAAAUAACUACAUGUGAAAGACAAGUAGCUAUAUCUGCUCUUAAACGUCAGUUAGGCUGAAGGAAAUGGGAUGAGGAGAGGAGGCCACGUUAGAAUAUUGAGAUGGACCCCAUGUGGGGAGAAGGACAGACAUACCAGCAUUCCUGGAGAUAAAUAACCGGUGUAGUGUAGCGCAGUAUCUCGCAGUGUGGUGAUGUCACCACUGUUGCCAGCACAGGUUGGUAAUGCUAAUCUGUCACCAGGGCCUAGGUGAAUCUGCCACCGGACAGAACACUUUUACUGUGAUCUAACAGGCCCUCAAACCUGCUCUCUCUGCCUCUGUGAAUGCCCAAGGUACUGCGAAGACAGUUACUUUAGUUUCAGUGUGAUGGUUAGAGAAGCAAUGGUAGUUAAGCAGCUUCUUGCCACUCAUAUUGAAAGGACAACUGAAGGUGCUGCAAAAGAAAGUUAAGAGACAGAAGCAUAAUGAGUUUUGCAGUUGUGGAACGCAACCCCGUCAUCAAUUCCUCAGGUAGCCCAGAGAGCAGGAAGGAUGAUUGAUGGAUAAACUGGAGGAGUACUGCUGCCGUCUAGUGAUGUGUAGGACUUGGUCCACGGGACUGACAUAGGAAAUCGAGAAAUAGUCCAUUGCUUAAGAGAGGAAAUGGAUGCAAUGUACUACGGCUGGAAUUCGAUCUUAGAGUAUGAUGAAGGUUUCUGGAUAUACCGCCAAUAUAAUAACAGGUACUGAGACUUCUUUGCUAGUAAGAAAUAAAGCAUUUAGAGCAUUUUGGACUGCUGUUACUUACUAGAGUCCAUCCUCUCUCGUGUGGAUGGAACUUGGGGUUGAUACCGUAUAUAUUGUACCGGAAUAACGGAGCUCUGAAUAUGUUAUUGUUCCGUAGAUACAGCAUGUCAAUAAAUGUUUUUUUUUUGCUCACAAUAAUUAACAUCUGCAUUUUUAUAUUAGCACCAUUUUUAGAAUAAUAUGCUCCCAUGGAUAAGAUCAAAUCAGGAAUCACCACCACGCAAUUCCAAAGUCGACAGAUUUAUUUCCUUUUGCACUGAAGUUGUUCACAGUUAUGUCACAAGGGGAUACAUUGCCAGUGGUUUCCUGCUAAAUACCAGCGCUCCUGGCGUUGUGUUCUACUGUAUGUCCAUCGUCCUGUGUGGCCUGGUUACCCAAUAGUACAAAAUAGAAAGAAUAACACUAAUAGGUAUUGCUUUAUUUUAUCUCAUCUGAUACCAAUUCCCACCCCAGACAGAAUUCGUGACCAGAGUAUCGGGUCUCUCUUUGAGAGAGACUGUGUGUGUGUGUGUGUGUGUGUGUGUGUGUGUGUGUGUGUGUGUGUGUGUGUGUGUGUGUGUGUGUGUGUGUGUGUGUGUGUGUGUGUGUGUGUGUGUGUGUGUGUGUGUGUGUGUGUGUGUGUGUGUGUGUGUGUGUGUGUGUGUGUGUGUGUGUGUGUGUGUGUGUGUGUGUGUGUGUGUGUGUGUGUGUGUGUGUGUGAGUUUGUGCGUGCAGAGGAUGCAUUGCACGGUAAAUGUGCACAAUAGUAUAAGGAAGGGGAGGGGAGGGUGCGAGGAAAGAACUCAAAGACGAACAAACAACCGAAGUGGUGAGGGAGAAAAGAAAAAUAAGAGAAACAAAUUAAGAGACAGGAAAGAAAGAAAGUAAGAAAGAAAAGAAAGAAAGAACGAAAGAGAGAAAGAAAGAAAGAAAGAAAGAAAAGAAAGAAAGAAAGAAAGAAAGAAAGAAAGAAAGAAAGAAAGAAAGAAGGGGGGAAAGGGACAGAACAAUUCCAACAACUACAUGCAAAGAAAAGACACAUGUUGGACAUGCAAACGACAUCACAAGGUAAAAGCUAAGAGUAGGAGUCCCCUUGGUUUUUUUGAAAUAAGUUUGUCAGCAAAUUGUUUUGUAUUUACAAGGCGAGUGGCUGGAGUGAUGUCUCUGAUGUCGUACACACACAACGAGAAGGAACGCACAAUUAUUAUCAACAGAGGGCUCGUUCCUCUCAAAGAGACUAGUCUACAUUCUUAAAUUACCGUAAAUCAUUUUCCAAAUGUAUAUAUUACAAGCUUUCUCAUCGAUGAAAGAAUGAAUGUUCACAAAAACAUUUAGAGAAUGAUCAACGAUCAAUAAAUGAAACAUGACAAAAACAAUCCUUAUAAGUUAGUUAUCUAAUACAUUUUCUACAUCGUUUAUAUAAAUAAAUAAAUUAAAACAAACGUGACAAAAAAAAUGCAAUAAGGUACACAAAUAUACACAAUAAUUAUGUCCACUAUUGUCUGAAUCCUGCAGAUAUUUCAAAGGAACAUGAAAAAAAUAAAAAUGGAAGAAAAUUAACCCCUGAAAUGAUUCAUCCCUCAAAGGGUAACCGAAAAUAAAAUACAACAUUUAAUGGAUAAAACACAUCCAAAAAGUAGAAAACACAGAAGAUAGUGAUAAGUUCUUAGCUAAACAUAAUGUCACAACUACACAAACGUUGUACAUAUGGGAACAUACUGUAGUUAUUAGUCUGUACAACAGAAUAGAUCAUUCAUUUGUGUACCCUCCCUCCCCAUUGCCCACCCAAAGUCAAUUAACUCAAUUUCAUUUCAUUUACAGCAAUGACACAGAGUCUGAAUACGUCUAAAGUGUUAAAAUCCUGUAGUUCACAAAGAAGGACUACAUUAAAAAGAAUUACAAUCCAGCCAACGUUUAGCCAACGUUCAGCCAACGUCCAUCCAACGUCCAAGAGUCGCGCCUCCUCUCUCCAACUUUCAUAGGAGCCAGUGGUUCUACUUCCAUUCGUCUUUGUGCACAAGUCUUUACAUCCCCCCCAGUGUGUGUGUGUGUGUGUGUGUGUGUGUGUGUGUGUGUGUGUGUGUGUGUGUGUGUGUGUGUGUGUGUGUGUGUGUGUGUGUGUGUGUGUGUGUGUGUGUGUGUGUGUGUGUG